AUGUUACACGAACUGUUACUCUUCCUUGCUGGCUAUGACUCUAGCCUGUUCCUAGUUGACAACGAAAUCGUUACUUUGCAUCCUUCUCUUCAUACUUUACAUCCUGGAGAACGCCAUAUAUUACAAGAAAUUGGUAUUCUAGCUGUUGAGCGUCGAAAAACCGCCAAACUUUUGCACCCUUCGAUUUCCCCCUUAAAUCACCCAAAUAAUGUAUUUCAUCGUUCCUUGUACAUGUUUACUGAGGACGUCCUUCGAAAAUUUGACGAAGAUCUUGUCGACUUGGAACAGCAAAUUUUAACGAGAGAUUCUUCAUUUGUUGGUUCGGGAAAGUUUGUAUCUUUGACUCAAGUUGAAGCCCAUCUAAGUUCAUGGAAGCAUACAUUUCCAGAUUUGUUUCUAAUAGCCGCAACUGCACUUCAAUAUCAGACGGCAUAUUCUAUCUUUCAUUCCCUAACGUUACUUUAUAUGCAGUCAUCUCGUUUGAAUUUCAAGCAACUUAUUAUAGAGAUCCAAGUCUGCCUACAAAAAGUGUGGCUCAAUCAUUUUCUCGAAUAUUUGGUUACUGAUUUCCGGGAAGAUUACGGAUACCUUUCUGUUUCGCCAGAAGCUUACGAAGGCAGUGGACAUGUUUUGGUGCCUUUUAUGGAUUUAGCAUCUGCAAAGGAUGCCCUUUUUACGAGAUUUUGUAUGUUAAAGGCAAAGUCUUUGCUUAUUGAUGUAUAUGCGAAUCUUUUGAAACAAUUUUAUGCUAAGGCCAAAUCUCUUGAUUUUCCAAUUUCACAAUCUUCGAUUAAGCAGAUUGUAGGCAAAUUAUACGCUCUUGCCUCCAGAAAUAUUGUAUUUAAAAUGGCGUCUGCUCAUCGACUUGCGGAUUUAACAAUGAUGCUUGAAAUGGUGAUGUUACAUGAAGAUACAAGCGUUUUAACGACAAUUUUGAAAAGGUUUCUCGAGUUUGACAUAAAUCCUUCACAACAAACCAUUUCAGAUCCAGAAAAGUACUUCCCGAUAGUUUUGAGGAAUACAGUUUCAGACUUGGAUUUAGACUCAAUGUAUGGAGACUGCAUCUCUUCUCUUCAUUUGGCGAAGUCUUCGGAGCUAAUGAAUCCAAAUAUAAGCUUCAAAGGGAUUCCAAUUUGUCUCGCUAUUUCCUUACAAUGGCCUUAUAAUAUGUUUAUUGAUACAACCACUCAGAGAGAUUAUUCUAGGUUAUGGGGGUUUUUGGGUGCAUUGCAGGUUAAUAUCAUCGAUAUCAAGUCCUUUAGUUAUCAAAGGAAGUCGUCUGUCCAUGCUAAUGGCAGGUAUCCUUGGAAAAGUUUAUGGCUUACAUUAUGGUUUUUAUCAUGCCUUCAAUAUUAUUUUUACGACGGUAUUAUACGACCCUCAUACAAAGUCCUUCGCGAAAAGGUUAUUGAAUAUGGGGAAAGUGGAAACCUUGAAAUGCAAGGGUACGCACGUCUUCAUCUUGACGCGUUUGGAUAUAUCUCAAAAAUGGUGUUUAUUAGUGACAAACAAUUCUUAACUUUACUAGCUUCUAUUUAUAAUGAAGUUUCUAAAGUUCAUUAUGAAGAAGUUUGCGACGAAAAUUGUGCAUUAGUCGUUUUGGUUAGUCAGUGUAUUCAACAUAUCAGGGAGAAAGAAAAUGAUCCAUCACUUAAUAAUAGUCCAGUUAGUGCGCUCUUGCUGCAACUUGGUGUUUAA